ACUGCUUCACACUACACAACACUGCACUGACUGAAACGAAAAAAACACAGAUUUUGCAAUCCGCAGAAAAGACUUAUGAAUAGUAUUUUUAUGCGGAUGGCCAGCGCGCAGAGGACCUAAGAUGGGCUACGAUGUGAAUCGCUUUCAGGGGGAGGUGGACGAGGAGCUCACCUGUCCCAUCUGCUCCGGAGUGCUGGAGGAUCCGCUGCAGGCCGUGAUGUGCGAGCACGCCUUCUGCCGCGGAUGCAUUAACGAGUGGCUAACCCGCCAGCCCACUUGUCCGGUGGAUCGCAAUGCCCUGACAACUGCCAACUUGCGAGCAGUGCCUCGCAUAUUGCGCAACCUACUGUCCAGACUGUCAAUUACCUGUGACAAUGCACCUUAUGGCUGCACAGCUGUUCUAAAGCUAGACGCCUACAACUCCCAUCUGGAGGAAUGCAUUCACAACCCGAAGCGACCAUUUCCCUGCGAGAAGGGUUGCGGCUUUGACAUACCCAAGGAUGAGCUAAAGGACCACAACUGCGUGCGGGAGCUGCGCACUUUAAUUGUCAAGCAGACUGAAAAGAUGGGUGAGCUCAAAUCGGAGCUCACCGACCAGCAGCUGACAAUCAACGAACUGAAGCGUGAGCUGCAGCUAUUCAAGGACUUUAUGCGUGCCAUGCGUGUCUCCAAUCCUGCGAUGCGGGCCAUAGCCGACCAGAUGGAGCGUGACGAGGUGAUCCGCUGGAGUAGCACACUGCCGCGAGCCAGGGUUACGCGCUGGGGAGGAAUGAUCUCUACGCCCGACGAUGCACUGCAGCUCAUGAUCAAGCGCGCUUUGUCCGAGUCGGGUUGUCCGCCACACAUCCUGGAUAGUCUCAUGGAGUUCUGCCACGAACGACGUUGGCCCCGAGGACUCAGUUCGCUAGAGACACGACAAACCAACCGCAGGAUCUACGACAACUAUGUGUGUCGACGCAUUCCAGGCAAGCAAGCUGUGCUCGUUUUGAGCUGCGACAACCUCCACAUGACUGAGGACGUCAUGAUCGAUCCAGGUUUGGUCAUGAUCUUCGCCCAUGGCAUCGAGUAGGCCCUCCGCCGCUGAUUAACCACUUAUCAUAGGUUAAAUGCUAACUAUAUCGAACAGUGCUCAGUUUUGUUGAUUCCUUAACUUAAGAAUAAGCAUUAAAAACAAUAUUGUAAGGAAAAACUCGCAAAACAAA